CGGUGAAUCGCGUGUCUGGUGCUCGGUCGUCGCGUCGCGCGUCGCACCGCGUUUCCCCGUGCGCAAGUCGCGUUGUGCGAACGCUCAUUAAACGUUUCGUGUGUUGUCCUUCGCCCCCGCGGUGCGUGCGGUUUCGCGUGUGCCGGAGCAGCGGGCUCGGGGGCGCGCGCAGGGGGGAGGCGAUUACGGAGUCGAACGCAGCGCGCGUGGGUGACAGCGUCGCGCGCGUGCCGCGUUGGAAGAGAGUACGCCGUAUACUCGGAGACGGAUUCCCGAAUACUCUGCGGAAGAAAGGAGAGAGAGAGCCAACAGCGAACUCGCGCGAGCGCGCGCGCGCGCGCGCGAGAGAGAGCAAUGGCGCGUGCGGGCCGACGCGCCGCGGGUGCGACGUGUACACGGCGCGGCAGAUGAUACCGCGGCACCCGGAUCCGCGUGGUAUGUUGUUUACGUUGCGCGCGGGGAUCUCACGUACGUGUUUACGACGGCGCAGCGCGCUGCUGCCCACCGAAGGAGACCUCGAGCGCGAGCAGCCGCGUCGUGAGCCGCCAUGAGACGCAUCAGCGUUGGCGGUAUGAGCCGGCCGUCCAAAGCCGUGACUCAAGCGAAGAAAGUAGCACCACCAGCUGUACCAGACGUGUUUCGACACUCCGGUUCCUCUUUUGGCUCGGCUGGAUAUGCUAGCAGCGAGGAUAGCUGCUUCCUCUCCGGAAGCGGCCCCGGGGGCACGGCGGACGAUGGUUCCUACGGGAUGCCAUCUGGAAAAAGUCCGGGACCUAUUUUUACCCAUUCGGGCUUCGCCUUUCCGCCGGUGAUCGGCAAGUAUGCCCACGCCGAAGAUCAAGGUAUCGAUAUGACCCAGAGUCCUGGCAGAGACAGUCCCGGUAGUUCCGGAUCGGGUUCCGGUUCUAGGCACUCUACAGCGUCAUUAGAUUCUGGAAGAGCGUCUGGAUAUCACUUGGGACCUAGAGGACCUGGCGCGCUCGCCUCAUCUCCUAGAUGUUCUAUUAGUUCCCUCGGAAGUCAUCCUGACCGACCGGCAGACCUCGACGUCGUUCACGCUUGGUUAAACGAGCUCCAAUUUGAAGAAUACUUCCCCUUGUUUGCUUCCGCAGGUUACGAUCUUGCUACUAUAACGCGCAUGACACCGGAGGAUCUCACGGCUAUAGGUAUCAAGAAACCUAAUCAUAGGAAACGACUAAAAGCGGAAAUAGACAAUUUGAAUAUAGGAGAUGGAUUGCCGGAGCAUGUACCCGGAUCGUUGGAAGAAUGGCUCAGGCUUCUCAGGCUCGAGGAAUAUCUUGGCGCACUUCAUCAACAGGGUAUGCGAUCCGUAGAGGACGUGACAACUCUCACUUGGGAGGACCUUGAAGACAUCGGUAUCGUACGGUUAGGGCAUCAGAAAAAAUUAUUGUUAGCAAUUAAGAGAGUUAAGGAUAUUCGCGCUGGCAAGCGUAUACAGCCACUCGACCUUGCGCGUCUGCCGCCACAUCCUGGACAUACACAGGACGUUGUUAUUCAACGAGGUGGACCUGAUUUACCAUCGCCUGAUGAGGAUUGUUCCUCGCCUGUACUUAGAUCUUUUCAAAGGGGUGGAAACGAUACCACUUCUGGUGUUGCUUGGAAAAGUAUGUACGCCGCGUUUCCAACCGACUAUAAUACAGUUGGCCGUACUAGCUCCCGGGGAAAAUCUUUGGAGAGUCUAGAAGAUGCGCCUCUUGGCUAUCCUCCGUCACCAGCGCCAACACCGCAUCCACAACCUCUCGAUUGGCGUCCCCGCAGUUUCGAGGACGGCGAUCUUACACCCACGAAUGAUGCUUCCGUUGUAGAUGCUGGUGGUGGCACUCUUCCACGACCAAGACAUUGCCUCGUUCGCCCGCGGCCCGUAGCCAAGGUCACUGCGACACCGGGACAAUAUAAGUCCUUGCCGAGAGACUUGGAUAACAAGUAUCAAUUAACGUACGGGCUCGAGAGUAGUCCGCAUCUUCCAAAACGAUGUCCUCCAUCACCCCCAAGACGACAAAGUUCUAGAGACACGACUAGUUCUUCCGUAAUCGGUGUCGGUGGCUCGGCGGUUGGUGACGUCGUGAUAGACUGUAGCGGGCCAGUGCCAACCGCAUCAUGCGACGAUCAUCACAUUCAUCAACAUCAUCAUCAACAUCACCAUUUGCUUCAUCAUCCACCGCCACCGCCGCCGGCACCUACGCCGGCACCUUCUACGCCUCCGCAACUAAAUCGACCGUCUUCUUCCAUGUCACGUUCGUGGGGUAGCGUCAGCGUUAAUAUUAACGAAGAGCACGAGCUAAUUGCAUCUCUCGCCCUGCAGCAUCGCAACGGAUCAGACGCUAGUUUUAAAUCAAGUUCGAGUACAGAAUCAGAUUCAUUACCGUUUGCCAACGAGAAUGCCGGCACGAUAAAACAAAGGGCCAGUCGAGCACAAGAAUACAUGGCGGGUGGCCCUAACAGUGGUAUCGGCGGUCACUUAAUCAAUCAUCAUUCCAAUGGUGGUGAACCUGCGGAUGUUUUGAACGACAUUGGAAAUAUGCUUGCCAAUCUUACAGAUGAGCUCGACGCAAUGCUCGAAGAAGAGAAACGCCAGGGCCUGAACUCAUAAUCGUCACUGCCUUCGUUUGCACUUUUCUAUUCAACUAAAGUUGCCAUAGGAUUGCAGGCUUUGAUAUAUGAAAUAAAUAAACUUGAUUAGUGCAACGUACACAAUUAGACACAAGUGAAUUGCAAUUCACGACGGGAUAAACUGAAUCGCGUUGAGACUCGAGGAUCUCAAAUUCUAAGAUUCUUAAAGACGGAAAUAUUUACCGAUAUAUAAAUCUAUAUCUUCGUUGCGAGGAAGAACAGAAUCUUUUAUUCCAAAAAAAAAAGAACAAAUAACAUAUUACGUCGCUCGAAAUUGAUGAGAAUAUUCUGUUUCAUAUUGUGUAGAUUAACGCAUAUCCGAAAUUAUUUUUGCGUAAUUUAUACUUUGCUCUGAUCUUUUUUUUUUUUUUUUUUUUUUUUAUUGAAAGAGGAAAUUUACUUAUUUUUGCAUGGAAACAUUGAACGUUCCAGCAAAUUUCUGUACGCAGCUGUGGUAUUGCAUCUAUAGUGAUAAUGCACAAUCUUUUUCUACUUUCUUUUGGAGUAGUUGUAGAAUUAUAUUCUUUCUCAUUGUUCUUUUUUUCUUUUAAAAUGGACAAUAUUAGAAACGAGUGAUAAUAUACGUGUCGCUCUAUUCUAUAAUGAAUUAGGGCAACCCAGUAUUCAAACAAAUAUGAAAUACUGAUGUGGCAGGGGGAGGGGAGAAAGGGAAUAAAAUUUCCUAACGGAUACAGAUAUAUUAAUAUAAUUAUGAUUUAUGCGGGUCAUGUUGCAGGCAAUUCGAAAAGAACACAUGUGUCUUCUGUAUAAAGCCAUUUUAUAUCUGUAACUUUGUAACUAAUCAAACCCGACCCCUCUUCUCUAAAAAAAUCUGGUUUUCGUUAACAUACGUACAUUCCAAUUGAUAUUUUUCCAUUUCCGUCCUUUGUUAAAUCGAUAAUACGAUAGAAAUCGAAAAUUUUCUACUCAUAGUUGACUAUGAAAGCAAGGUGCAAAGAAAGAUAAUCAUGUGUUCCAUCGCCCAAAUAAAGCAGCUCCGAACGUUAGAGACAUAUUCGUAGGGAGAUUGUUACAAUGGUGAAAAAUAAUCAACAGGUUGCACUUGGUUGCAUCCCGAUAUGAAUUUAUAGAAUCUUACAUGAUUUUUUUUUUUUUUUAGGAGACACUGAUAGUGCUUCCUCUUUUAACAGAGAGGUCUAUGAGGGAUGCUAUUGAUCGUAUUUAGAAUUUCAAGGCAAUAUGGUUUAGUACAGAGAUAUAAGUAAUGUAUGCCAAUUAACAUUUUGUAUUUAUUAUCUGUACUAAUGAAUAUAGAAACGUACAUAGCUUACCAUUACUGUGUGGCACAUCUGGAUAUGGCGAAGCAGUUGGAAGGUAUUCAUAUGUAUUAAAUCAAAGUGGUAGCUGCGGGGACACUUUUGAGACAGACGCUCGAAAGACGGUCUUCCGAAAAUGCGUGUCACUGGUACGUUUUGCGAUCUGGACGUAAUAUUUUGCAAGAAACUUUUUAUAAGGUGCUAUAUACGACAUAUACUUAUAGUAUUGUAAGUUGAUAUGUCGAAAACAUUUUUUAUCUAUCUUUGCAAUAACUGAUGCAAAUGGCAGAGAUUUAAAUUGAGAAUCCCUCGAGAAACAACAUGGUAAAAAUCUUACAUAACAUUCUUGAUAUUUCAAGCUGGAAAAAAAAUGUUUUUUGUACGAACAAAUUUAUAUUAAUAAUUGAAUACUUAUACAAAUGUAUUAAUACGUGUUACGUAUUAUUAAUAUUUGCUACACACAAAAGUGACCUAUAUGCCCAUUUUCCCAAUGAGAGAUCACUUUACGUACCAGUUUUAAUGACUGAAAAUGCAAAACGCAUGAUUUAUAAAAUAAAUAAUUAUUAUAACACCAUUCUUGCGUGACACAUUCUAUUUUUAGUUCUAAUGAGAGUUGUUGUUUAUAACCAAAUCCAAUCGCGCUCUGCAGAUAAGGAAAGAACACCUGGUAAAACGUAUAUAAAGUUUUGAGGUAUAUCAUUAUACUUAGAAUUAAUUAAUGAAAAAUGAAGAAGACUGCCCAGUGCAGAAUUAGAGAUUUGUCUUGUUAAUUACUGUAGAUGUAUUAUAAUUCUAUAUAGUAUAUAUAUGUGUGUGUACAUAUAUAUCAUAUAUAUAUAUAUCUUUCAUAUAUAUUGUAUAUAUACACACAUACACAUACACAUACAGGAUAUUCAACUAUCCUUUUAAUGACAUCCUUUGGCCAAUUUGUAAUUUUUUCCUAAUAAGAAUGGGAAGUCACUACUUAUCCUUCUCUUUCUACUUUUAUCCUUCGAUAAUAUAUCUUUCUAACUAAGCCAUAAAUUAAAAUUAAGCUCCAUUUGACAUGAUAUAAAGAAUGUAGUUUAUUUCCACUUGCCUUUUUGAGAUUCAAUUUGCAAUAAAUCUUUGCUUCUUAAUCGCUUAUAAGUUGGAAAUUAUUGAUGGUUCUAAUUGUAAAUGUGCAAUUUGAUAUAUUAUUCCUAAGGAAAAAUUGAUUGAUUACAUUGGUCAAAGAAUCUAUCAUUAAAAAUCUGUUUUGAGGACAUCCUGUACAUACAUGUAUGUAUAUACACCAUUAGCAAGCAAGUUUAUAAGGGCAUAUUCUCCACAAUACGUCUUUGAAAGAGAAAGAUGUGUGAACUACCGUUUAUAGGGAAAUCGCAGUCACAUAAUCGACAUGCGAUUUGGCGCUAAUAACUCUAAUAAGUUAUUACAACAGAUUGUAGAUUUGUAUUGCAAUUUGAUAUUUAUGUAAUAUAGCAAUGCGCAAUUAUUCGAUCAAAUCAUAUCUGAUUUUGCGCCGUAAAGACUAUAAUAUUGUGAUUUAUUUCAAUCGUCAUUGCACUUACAUAUUAAUUGUUUUUCGCAAUCAAAUUACCACGUCCCGUUUACAUUUUGUUUUAUACCGAUAAACAUCUGAGUUAUUUAAAAUUUAUUUAUGUUAGAAGUGUUAUAAAUCAAUAAAAGAAUUAUAUCAUUGCAUAUCUUAAUAGUAGAGGUAGCAAUUGGUCGUGUUAAAAGAUGUGUAAAUUAAAUUUUGGAAAGACGAGCAUACGUUGUUUUACUCGAUUUUUUUAUAAUACUGUUAGCAGUCCAAGCAGUAGAGUGACGUUAAAAGACGACUUAGAGACGUUUAGUAAAUUAAAAUAAACAUUACUACGUCUUUUAAUGAUCUGCUGCUUGAGAAGCAACAUCGAUUUAUAUGGUAAUAAAUAUUAUCUACUCUGAUUAGCCAUCUCAAUAUUCACAUAACAUUGUUUCCACCGUCUUGUUAAUGUUCAACAGUUCAUUUAAAUAUAUAAAAGUAUGCUCGUUUCAAAUGUUAUGUAUGUUAUAAGAGAAGAUCUAACAAAAUAUCACAACGACAUUAUCAAAUAUUAUAACGAGUUAUUUGUAAUUUAUUACAUGAAUUUAUUUUCUAAUUAAUUGCGUUCUAACUAUAGGACAGUGUACAAUAUAGUUUAUGACGUUUCUUACUAGCGAUAUAAAUUACUUUUUUAUAUCCGGGGACAAAUUUUUCAUGUAUAAUUUUGUAUAAAAUACAUCCAUACAUGUUUUCUUUCUCUUGUAUCUCUGUUCAUAUAUACACAGAGAAUAAUAAGUAGAGUUAAAAAAUAAUUGAAAGGAUAAUUUUCGCAUUGUUUUUUUUUUUUUACAAAAAAUGAAGUUUGAGGAAAUUAGAAAGUAUUGUCCAUAUAUAAUCAUGUAUAAAUGUAACAAUCGCAUAUAAGAUA